AUGGAUUCCGGCAGCCCAAGUUUGCAAUCCUCCAGCGGCGGCGAAGAAGAUUACGACUCUCAUCACCCUUUUCCCCCGCCGCCACCGCCGCCGCCCCCACUUUUCUUCAACCCCAAUUCCUACCAAACCCACCUCCUCCCCUCCUCCCCUUUCUACGAUUUCCCCUCCGAUUACACUUUCAACAACCCUUCCAACGCCGGGACAUCUGAACCCGCCGCCGCGGAUCCCACCCAAAACCAAUUCCCAAUUCGCUCAUCUGGGGUUUUGCAUCCCAAAGCCACCACAAAGAAGAGAACUAGAGCCUCACGGAGAGCCCCCACCACCGUUCUCACAACCGACACCACGAAUUUCCGUGCAAUGGUGCAAGAGUUCACCGGAAUCCCUUCCCCGCCGUUUACCACUGGUGGGUCAUCCUAUUCCCGCCGAUUUGAUCUCUUUAACUUGGUUAAAACAACUAGCUCCACACCCUCUAUUCUAGAAACUUCUGGAUCGGGUCUUUACUCUUCUCGUGUGGUAAAGACACAGGCUGCUAUCAGGGCUGAUUUAGACGCGCCCCACGAUAGUACAAGCCCACUGUUCGUGUCAGCCGCGCUGCAAAAUGAUGAAACCUGGAGAACCAAUAGCAGUGGUACCGCACCAGGUGAAUUUCACCGGUCGUUGCUCCAAUAA